AUGUCUGACGAAGGCAACGAGGUAGGAGGGGAUGAUGACAAUGAGGAUAUGGAUCUAGAUGAUUCAUAUGCUGAAAGCGGAAGCCAUAUGGAAGUGGAAGGGUACUAUGAGUGGAAUUUUUUCGAUGAUGCCAAUGACCAAAACGAUAUCGAUGCAUCUUAUAAUGACAGCUCGAGCAAAGGAGAGGCUGGUGGCGCGUGCGAAAACGAUGAUGAUGCCGAUGGUGAUGAGUGCAAUUUUGACACUGGGUACGAUGAAUACCAGCAAGAGUCACUGGACAGGCAUUGGACGGUGAUGUCCACGACGUUCAGGACAGACGAGGAGGCAUAUGAUUUCUAUAACGUCUAUGCGAAAAAGCGUGGCUUCAGCAUUAGGAAGGACAACUUGAAAUAUGCAAAGGGUAUCGACGCACGUAGGCGCUUGAGGAGGUUUCUCUGUUCAAGGGCUGGGAAACAACAGGCCAAGUUUUGUACCAUGGAAGGGAAGAAGCGCAGGCUGAGAGCGGAGACUCGGUGCUGUUGCGAGGCCCAUCUAACUGGGAAGCUUGAUAGAGAGCGCUCCAUUUGGGAGAAAAUGAAGUUGCUUGCAAAGGGUGAUGCAGACACUGUGAUUGGUAUCAUGAUGACGAGAAAGGCAAGGGAUCCAGACUUUUUCUUUGAGCACACUGUUGACGCAGAAGGCAACCUGAAGAACAUGUUCUGGUGUGAUUCUCAGUCACGUCGGGAUUACCUUGACUUUGGCGAUGUAGUCGUCUUCAAUAGCACUUACAAGAUGAAUAGGUACGGAAUGCCAUUCAUACAUUUUGUUGGUCUAAACAAUCAUCGUUGCACCACUGUGUUCGGUUGUGCUGUUGUGUCAGAUGAUACGGAGGAUACAUAUGUUACGGUGUUGCAGACCUUCUUGAGAGCUCAUUGUCAGAAGAAGCUGAGGUUUGUAAUUACUGACGGAGACGCGGCCAUGAUAAGGGCCGUCAGGAAGGUCCUUACUGACGUGUGGCAUCGACUUUGUUCGUGGCAUAUAAAGAAAAACAUGCAGAAACACCUUCACCACAAGUCCCUUAAGGAGUUCAGGUCUCUUAUUUACUACGCUACUACACAUGAUGAGUUUGAGGCAAGCUGGGCAGCUUUUAGAGCUAAAUGGGAGUCGGAGAAAACUGAAACAUGGUUGCGUAGGAUGAACAGGAAGAAAAGGCUUUGGGCUGCGUCAUAUCUCACCGGUGGGUUAUUUCUUGGUAUGAGGAGUAACCAGAGGAGCGAGACUCUGAACUCUUGCCUUCAUAUGCAACUUGACUCUGGCAUGACAAUUGUUGAUAUGGUUGUGCAUUAUGAGAACUGCAUUGUUCGGCUCCAUGAGAACGAGUCAUACCACGACUGCAUGUCCACACAGACACUCCCUGUACCAGUACUCGACGACUUCAAAUGCAUUGAAAAAGCCGCUGCCCGUCACUUCACUGCGGUGAACUUUUACCUCUUGUAG